AUGGACAAUCUCCCCUUGUUUCUUGGAUGGAGAAUAUGGAAAAUGAGAAACAAGCUCUUAUUUGAGAAUAAAAGAGAUCACAUUGUUUCUGUCAUCAACUCAGCUUGCUUGGAUCAGAAGAUGUGGAUGGAGGCGAUAAGUACUCACAAUAGUAAAGAAGACCAAGCUAUUCAAAGCUCCAGACCUAAAUCCAUCCAAGACGUCUUGCUAGCAGACACCACAGAUUACUGUCUUGUAGAUGCUUCUUGGAUAUCGCCAACAGAAAUGUGUGGCAUUGGGUGGUCCUUAUUCAGCAAAGAAGGCACUCUCCGUAUUCAAGGAAGCUCUGCAGUCAGCCCUACAAACUCUCCAUUGAUAGCAGAGACCACCACACUCUUAUCUGCAAUUCAACAACUGAUCAGGCUGUCGUACAAGAAGGUUCACUUGAUAGGAGAUUGUGAAAUACUCAUGAAGCUUGCAAAAAAUGCAGUCUUCAAAUCAAGGUAA